AUGAAGCCAAAGAUACAAUCAACUACAAAUGAUGUCCCAGAACGUGAAUUAAGAUCAAAAACUAAAUCAACUAUUUCAUUUCAAACACAAAAUUCUCCUCAAAACACAAAUCAUUGUUCUGUUCGUAAUCGUGCAAAAUCAACAACAGGAAGUCCUACACUUGGACGAAAAAUAUUAAAGUCAAAUUCAAGAAGAAAUUCUUCUCAAAUUUCGGUAAAUUCUUCUCAAACUUCGGUAAAUUGUUCGACAAUGAAUGAACCGGUUGCACUACAUCAAGAUAAUGAUAAUAAUCAACCAGAUGAAUCAAAUGAUACAAUGGAUUCUGAUUUGACAGAAGAAAUAACAACAUCAAAUUCUGUUACUAAUGAAAUUAUUCCAGGUCCAGAUUCAGUUAAUAUGGAUGUUGCAACAAAUGAAAUUGAAAAUGAUCCUUUAAAUGAAAGCACUGAAACGGUUUAUAAAGAAGCAUUAAAACGAACAACAACAAAUACAAACAAGGAUGUUUUUGAAUAUUUCACGAAACAACCAGAUGGUGGUUUUAAAUGUAAUAUAUGUAUAUACCAAUAG